AACACCAGAGGAUUACCAGAGCUUGGCUUUAGUUUGCAUCCAUUCGGUUUCUGUACCCCUUUAGUCUUCUUUCUGUCAUUUAUAAUCGGCCGGUGGUGUUUUAGGAAAGCGCUGGGUGAAGACUCUAAAGCAGGGACAAUAGCAGAUCAUUCACAGUCGAUGGAAAGUCUCUGGAAACAAAGCCUGUACAGCCCAAGCUGAAACACAGAGCAUUUACACACAGUGUCAUUUAUACUACCUUCACCACAGAGCUAUGGAUGCGCAAGAAGAUCUCCUGUCCCGGGACAUCACCCUGACUGUACUAAUUCCGGGAGGACAGGAGACCACAGCCACAGUGCAUGGCAGUAAACCAGUUAUGGAUGUUCUGGUUGCGUUGUGUGCACAACACCAUCUCGUUCCAUCGGAUCAUGUCAUCAGGCUUAUUUCCUCAAACCAAAACCAUGUCAGUUUCAAACCCAACUCUAUGAUUGGCUCUCUCGAGUUUGAAAAGGUGGUCCUGCAAGUUAAAGGAAGUGAUGCCAACAAGAAAAAACCUCAUAUUCCUGUGGCAACAGUUCGUCUUCUGAUAAACUACAAGAAGUCCCAUAAAGCAGUAGCACGGGUCAAUCCUGCUGUGCCGCUGGCUGAGCUGGUGCCCGCCGUGUGUGAGAAGUGUGAGUUUCACCCUGACGCCACUCUCUUACUGAGGACAGAUCAGUCUGAGGAGCCUCUGGAUCUCACCAAAUCACUUAAUGACUAUGGAAUCAGAGAGCUGUACGCCAAACAAAUAAAAGUGGUUUCAGCUGAUCCUAUAUCAACUCAUAAAGGUGCCGAUGAAGAGCAGAAAACCCCGGUUAAAGAAAAGAACCACAAAGAAAAGGCAAACAAAGGAUUCUUUGGCUUAUUCAAGAUGAGCAAGAAGACAUCUGAGCAGGCUGUGAAUGAUAGCGCUCCAGCAUCCCCUGAACUGAACGGUCAGUGUACGGACAGGGUGAAUGGUUUUAAUGGCCACUCUUUACCCACUAUCCCUGCUGACGUGUCAAAGAAGAGACGUGCUCCUCAGCCUCCUAUGGUGGCAUCUCAGAGUGUCGCCUGUGAACUUCAGAUUAAAGAUUUCCCGGAGUCGGAUUCUGCUGUAAAACAGGGUCCACUCAGUCGCAUUUCCUCCACCGAAUCCUCCCUUAAAAGGACUAAACGGAGAGCUCCACCCCCACCAUGUGAUGGCUCCGCCCCUUCAAAAUCAGAUAACAAAGUAGAGGAAGCUGAAGGGCAAGACAAGAGUUCAGACAAACACAGAGCUGUUAUUUCUGACCGCUGUGCUGAGUUCGAUAAAGUCAUGAGUGAAUUUGCAGAGUUGCUGCAGGAAUGGCAACAGAGCACACCGGCUUAUGCAAACUCUUCUGCGUCCCCAAUUCAACCGUCAGAAAGUCCUUUAGGUUUAUAUUCUUUUCUUCACACCCCUGAGGCUGAGCUUAAGGCUCUUCCAGGCUGUCAACUACCGAGGAAGAGCUCUGAGAGAGAAGGUCUGGCCACCUUCACUGUGGUUCCCCAGAGGCGUCAGCUGAGCUUUGAGCUGCCAUUCACCUCACAGACACACCAAUCUCCCGAACACCCACAGAUCCACAGCACAGAGUGUGUGGAAACCCAGAUCUUCACAAAUACUUAUGAAAAUGAGCGUUUAAGAGAAGCAGGAGACCUGGAGGAGAACAAUCAAGCUGGGAUGGGUGUCAAAAAUGGAAAUUUAAAUGAGCGCCAAUACAUUCAUCCAGAGCUAAAGAGUCCGGAAAGAUCAAAAGAGGCUAAAAAGAGGCUCAAAAGAGGCCAAAACCUAGAACAUUUGGACAUUAGGAUGAGUAAUCUAGAUCUAGAAGAGCGAUUGGAUAGUCGUUCACUUGCUGAUUGGUCAUCAAUUGAUUUUCAUACAAGCAAUGUGGAUCAAGAGGAGAUUGAAGAACCUGAUUUGGUGGAGUCUGAAGAGGAGAAGGAUUGGGUAGAGAAAUUUAAAGAGCGGAGAAUGAGGUUUAUAGGUAGUCGCGAUGAUGGUAUUGAGAAAUUAGAUGUUUGGGGAAGGAUCCAAAAAGAGUUUACAAGCACACAAGUCUUCUGGGAUCAAGAUAGUGGUGAAAAUGAAGAGGACAUGCAGAUCUAUGGUGAAGACCAUACAAACUUACAUUUGAGGAUGGACUCAAAGCCCAAAUUGGGAGCUUACUCGUACUACUUCAAACCAGGCGCUCAGUCUACCCUGACUAACAAUCAACCCAACUCUUCUCUUGCUAAAAACAACUUUAGCUUUACUCCAGAAGCACAUCUAAACACCUUAUCAUCUAAACCACAUUCAGGUUUUGACCCUCGCCCUCCUGUACAAGUGUCUCUGUUCGCCUUGGCUGUGUUUCAGAAGGCUAAACUCUUCAAACCAGUGUUUGAUCCCAGCUGUUUAAGGAGACGAGAGCUUUCUGCUCUCACACACAGUAAUUGAUAUCCAUUUUGAACAUGGAAGUGCUCAUUUAACUUGAAUAAGGAAAAGUAUUCUUCACCAGAAUGAAGAGGAGGAGGACACACUUGUUAUUCAUUAUUCUGAUAUAUAAUUACUCCUUGUUUGUCAUCAUGAUUACUUGAUUUAGCGUUUUAUCAUAAUGAAUGUUUUGGUUGUAUGAUAAAAACUGUUUGCUGAUAUUCAUCCUAAGUAUAUUUUCAGAAAGACAUUUAUUUCUGGCAUUUUUACUUCAUCUCUCAAGAACAAUAUUAUACUAAAAGUAUAUUUUGCCCCUACUAUACACUCAGGGUAAACGCAUGUAGUCAUAUGUAUAUAUUUUGUAUGUCAAUGAAGCCUUAUUUCUGACUUGCCUUCUAUUUUCGAAGAAAUGACUUGUCAUGAUACUGU